UUAAAAAUGCAAACUGAAGGAGAACAAGAAAUGGAUAAGCAGGUGGAGCAGUGGAAGGUCAGGAAGCUCAUCAAGAAUCUGGAGGAGGCAAGAGGUGUCGGAACAUCAAUGAUAUCAUUGGUAAUUAGACCAGGUGAUCAGAUAUCAAGGGUGAACAAGAUGUUGGCAGAGGAGAAUGGAACGGCCGCUCAUAUCAAGUCGAGAGUGAACCGUAUUUCGGUGCAGAAUGCAAUCUCUGCUGCACAGUCCAAGUUGAAGCUGUACAAUAAUGUUCCAGCCAAUGGUUUGGUUAUCUAUUGUGGCCAGAUAACCACUGAUGAUGGCAAGGACAAGCGUGUUAACAUUGACAUUGAGCCAUUCAAGCCAAUCAACACGUCACUCUACCUCUGUGACAACAAGUUCCACACGGCUGCCUUGGGUGAGCUGUUGGAGUCCGACGAGAAGUAUGGCUUCAUCAUCGUCGAUGGCAAUGGCGCACUCUUUGGUGUUCUGUGCGGCAACACCAGGACGGUACUCCACAAGAUCACUGUGGACUUGCCCAAGAAGCAUGGUCGUGGAGGUCAGUCAGCGCUGAGAUUCUCUCGUCUCAGAGUGGAGAAGCGUCACAACUAUGUGCGCAAGGUGGCCGAGUUGGCCGCCCAGCUGUACAUCGCCAAUGACAAGGUGACCGUCAACGGACUGGUCUUGGCCGGCUCAGCCGACUUCAAAAACGACCUGAACAACUCGGACAUAUUCGAUCCCAGACUCAGGGAGCGUGUCCUCAAGGUCGUCGACAUCUCGUAUGGCGGUGACAAUGGAUUCAAUCAAGCCAUAGAGCUCUCUGCCGAGUUCCUGUCCAAUGUCAAGUUUGUCCAGGAGAAGAAGUUGGUCGUCUCAUUCUUUGACGAGAUCGCCAAGGACACUGGCAAGGUGUGCUUUGGUGUUGCCGACACCAUCCGUGCACUCGACAUGGGUGCCAUUCAGACACUCAUCGUCUGGGAGAACCUUGAGGUGACUCGCUACGAGAUCAAGUUGCCCUCAGAGGAGAAGUCCAAGGUGCUCUACUUGAACCGUCAGCAGGAGCGCGAUCAAUCAUUCAUGAAGGAUGCUGCCACUGGUGUGGAGUAUGAGUUGAUCGAGGCCAUGCCUUUGGUUGAGUGGUUCGCCAAUCACUACCGAAAGUUUGGCGCUCACUUGGAGUUAGUGUCCAACCGCUCAGAGGUCGGUGCCCAGUUCUGCAAUGGAUUCGGUGGCAUCGGUGGUAUAUUGAGAUACCGUCUGGACAUGGCUACACUCAAUGACUAUGACAACAUCAGUGCCGCAGACCAUGACGAUGAUGACUACGACAGUGACUUUGACUCAUCGGAUAGUGAC